ACGACGCCGCCGCCGCACUCGUAGCACACAACACCGGCGGCAGGCAUGCGGGCAGCACUGCAACUCCUGGUGGCAGCGACGCACCUCCUUGUGGCCACGCAGGCCCACUACCUCAACGCGUGGGCUGUGCGCAUACGCGGGGGACAGCAGGUGGCUGACCAGCUGGCGUACGAACUGGGCUACGAGAACGUCGGACCGCUUCGAGGCCUCAAGGACACGUACCUGCUGCGCAAGGUGGACCAACCUGAGCGUUCCAAACGCUCUGCACGGAUGUUCACGCGCCGGCUGACUGAGGACUCAAGGGUCGUGUGGGCCGAGCAGCAGAUGGUGCGGCCACGCGAAAAGCGAGGCCUGCCGCCGGACUGGGAAGCGCUGCGCUUCAACGACCCGCUAUGGGGCCGCCAGUGGUACAUCCACGACACGCGUUCGUCGCCGGAGCUGCCCGAGUUGGACCACCGGGUCACCAAGGUGUGGGACAUGGGCUUCACCGGAAGGGGCGUCGUCGUCACCGUCAUGGACGAUGGUUGCCAGCCUACGCCCGCCGGAAAUAACAAAGCCAGCGUCAACAUCGCAGACCAGUACUGCGGAGCCAGCAGUCCAGUCGACACGCCUCGGCCUGAAGCCGGGGCAGACGGCCAUGCGAAAGGGCACAUCCAAAACAGCACUGCCUCGCCAAUGACGUGCGCUUUGUGUCACACGGAACUGGCCAGCAGAGGAGGCGAAUCGCAGCCCAUUUUGCUAUUAUUUCUCCGCAGCCACGGAACCCGCUGUGCCGGAGAGAUUGCCAUGACGGCCAACAACCGGAACUGCGGAGUUGGCGUGGCGUACGAAGCACGUAUUGGAGGUAUCCGCAUGCUGGACGGUGACGUAGUGGACGCCGUCGAGUCCACGUCGCUGGCGUUCAACGUCGAAGAGAUCGACGUGUUCAGCGCGUCGUGGGGCCCCUCGGACGACGGGCGCACGGUGGACGGCCCCAAGCGGCUGGCCAGCGAGGCCCUCGAGCGGGGAGUGACCUUCGGACGCGGCGGACGCGGCUCCGUCUACGUGUGGGCCUCGGGCAACGGCGGCGCCAAGGGGGACAACUGCAACUGCGACGGCUACGCGGGCUCCCCGUACACCCUGUCGGUGUCCGGCGCCAGCCAGCGCGGCCGCUUCCCUUACUACGGCGAGAAGUGCGCCUCGACCAUGGCGGCCGCCUACUCGUCGGGCGCCUACACCGACCAGAAGGUGUCCACCUCGGACCUGCACGACCGCUGCACCACGCAGCACACGGGCACCUCGGCGUCGGCGCCGCUGGCCGCGGGCAUCGUGGCGCUCGUUCUGCAAGCCAACCCGGACCUUGGUUGGCGCGACGUGCAGCACCUGGUGGCGUGGACGUCGGACUUCGCGCCGCUCAGCUCGAACCGGGGCUGGAAGCGAAAUGCCGCCGGCCUGCUCUACAACAGCCGCUUCGGAUUUGGACUGAUGGACGCGCACGCCAUGGUACAGGCCGCCCUGAACUGGACCAACGUGGGGCGUCGCGAACAGUGCCGCCUGGAGCCGUCGGCGCUGCUGCCACGCCGCAUGGCCUCCGGCCAGCAGCUGCAGUUGGCGUUCGACGCCCUCCUGUGCCCGCUGGCGGCCCUCGAGCACGUCCAGGUGCACCUGGACCUGCAGUACUCGCAGAGGGGCGCCCUGGACGUGUACCUGCGAUCGCCGGCCGGCACCGAAAGCGUGCUGCUCUACCGCCGAGCCAAGGACACCACGGGACAAGGAUUCCGCAACUGGACCUUCCUCACGGUCCACCUGUGGGGCGAAGACCCGCGGGGUCUCUGGGUACUCGUCAUUCGGGACAAGUUCGGUCAGGACAACGUCGGACGACUGAACGCCGUCUCCAUGACGCUGAGCGGGACAAGCGAGCAGCCUGCGUACCAGGUGGCCAGGAACGGACGUAGGCGCUACGACGACGAACGGCUGGCGCAGGCUGUCAUCGACACAGUGCCGGAGUACGAAGAAGAGGAGGAGGAGGCACAUCGUGCAGCGGACGUCCAGUGGAGCCGCCUACAGCAGGCGCUGCUCGGAGAGAACCUGAUCGCCCCAAUCUGAGCAGACUCCUGUUCAGUGAGUUCCCUACGCAUCCCCUAAGAGGGAUGUACGCACGGAGUUUCAUUGAAGAAGACCCUCUUUCCCUCCCGGUUUUUCGAGUGUGCAGCACCAUCGCAGUCGACGUGGCGGCUGAGGCAGACGUGCGUCGAUCCUUCCCUGCAUUGAAAUGUUCACCAGCGGAACUCACAGCGAAUGCCGACAGUGGUCGCCAACAAAGAGCGUGGCGGUUCCUGUCCACGAGUCCCAGCGCGCAGAACGUUAUAUCAAUAAAGAUAGCCCGGGGACCAGCGUUUCUUGAAACUUCUGGCGCCGAAGCCAA